AAAGUUGAAUUACAGAUCCAAAAAGUGUUGGGUUAGAGGACAGUAAUCGCCUAACAAGAAUGGAUUGUGACUUUUAUUUUGAAAUUCUUCGCCGGAAGUUGUGUUUUUAUUCCCCUCCAGCUUGACAGUGGUGGGCAUAGACUGACUGUGGCCAACCUCAGACAGGUGGAGGAGACGAGCUGCACCGUGGUUGGACUGGGCUGGGCUGGGCUGGGCUGCAGGACAAGCAGCGGUGGCCGGCACGCUGUGCACGCUGGGUGCGCGGAUCCUCCUGCAGCUGCUGGACUCACACACAGUAUCUAUAUCUAUGAUACCAGAUCCGCAACAUGGUCUGGAUGAUUCUCCCAUCCUGAGCGUUCCUCGCACACAAGCUGGACACUUCAAUGUGGUGGUGGGGGGGACGAGGGAUGUAGUCGCAAUGGAUUAACGAAGAGCAUACAUGGGCUUUUUUUUCUGAGAUUAUUGGUAAUAUUUUCUCCCCCCUCCUUGGCCAUGGAGAACCAAGCAGCCGAGCCGCAGAACUAUGAAGACGUACAGAAGAGCGGCUAUCUCCGCAAGCAUAAAUCAAUGCACCGGCGCUUCUUCGUGCUGAGGGCGGCCUCGGAGCAUGGUCCCGCUCGACUCGAGUAUUACGAGAACGAGAAGAAAUUCCGCAGUAAAUCACCUGUGCCCAAAAAAGUCCUGAACCUGGAGACUUGCUUCAACAUCAACAAGCGGGCAGAUUCCAAGAACAAGCACAUGAUAGUCCUUUAUACCCGCAGCGAGAGCUUUGCCAUCGCUGCAGACAGCGAGGAGGUCCAGAACGAGUGGUACCAGGCGAUGCUGGACCUCCAGUGCGACUGUAAAACCCCUGAAGACUAUGGCAGUAGUGGAGAGUGUAGCUCUCCGUCUCCGGUUCCAACCUUCAAAGAAGUGUGGCAGGUCAAGGUUUGGCCUAAAGGUCUUGGACAUGCCAGGAACUUAGUGGGCAUCUACCGGCUGUGCCUAACCGACAAGACAGUCAACUUUGUCAAACUCAACUCUGAUGUGGCGUCUGUGGUGUUGCAGCUGAUGAAUGUUCGCAGGUGUGGCCACUCAGAGAACUUUUUCUUCAUCGAGGUGGGCCGCUCGGCGAUCACCGGCCCCGGAGAGUUCUGGAUGCAGGUGGAUGACUCCGUGGUGGCCCAGAACAUGCACGAGACCCUGCUGGAGGCCAUGAAGGCCCUGAGCGAGGAGUUCCGUCAGCGCAGUAAGUCUCAGUCUGUGGGGACGUCGUGUGGAGGCGGUACUGCCUCAAACCCCAUCAGUGUCCCGAGCCGUCGGCAUCAUCCAAAUCUGCCGCCAAGCCAGGUGGGCUUCUCCAGACGAGCCCGCACAGAGACCCCCGGAACAGGAGGCAGCAGCACGAGCACGUCACCUACGUCGCGCCACGGGUUCCCGAGGGCUCGGACUGCCAGCAUUGGGGCCAGGUCGGAGGAGGGCGGAGCAAGCGCCAAAGGGACAUGGGCCAGCUCCAGCCCAAGCCUUAACGGUUCCUGCUCAACUACGCCGACACUGAGGCCCAAGCCCACCAGGGCCCCGACUCCUGCUAAGAUUACCCUCAGCCUUGCACGUUACACGCCUAACCCUGCUCCCUCUCCGGCGCCGAGUCUGUCCUCCAGCUCUGGUCACGGCUCAGAGUGCGGCCUAGUGGGGGCAGCAGUGGGGGGCAUGACGAUCUGCUCCUACCCCCGUGUUUCUCAGAGAGUUUCUGUUUCAGGUUCACCGAGCGACUAUGGCUCCUCAGAUGAAUACGGCUCCAGUCCUGGGGAGCACUCUCUACUCGUACCAAGUCUGUCAGGACAUCACGUACACGGAGAGGGCUCUUCCAGCUACAUAGUGAUGGGACAGCGAGAGGGUCUCCUCGGCUCCCAUCAUCGCUCAAAAGGCAGGCGGAUUCUGCGCCGCUCAUCCAGUAGGGAAUCUGAGGCAGAACGCAGACUGUUAAGUAAGAGGGCUUCCCUGCCUUUGGCAGCCCAUGAACGACUGACCCCACAUAGGAAAGAUGAAGAUGAUGAAGACGAUGAAGAGUAUGCCAUCAUGUCGCAGAGUGCUAACCGAGAGAGAGCUGGCUCAGGGGGUUUAGCAGUUGGGGGUGGGCAGCUUGAAGCAGUCGGGAAAAACAGGAAGCGGGUUGACAAAAGCAGGCGAGAAGCGGAAGGUGGAGCCACCGUGGAUAGUGGCUACAUGUCGAUGUUGCCUGGGGUCACGUCUCCUCCUGCUUCACUCUCUCUCUCGAUAGGUAUGCCCGACAUCAGUGCUAAACCUAGGGCAGAUGAUGAGUAUAUGGCCAUGACCCCCAACAACAGCGUGUCCCCCCCUCAGCACAUCCGCCAGCCCAGCACAGAGGGCUACAUGGUCAUGUCUCCCAACAGCAGCAGCUCCACAGAUCUGCACGGACUGGGCAUGUGGGACAGCAGGGCCAGCAUGGAGAGCCAGGCUGCCAGCGACUACAUGAACAUCUCGCCUGUCUGCAGCCGCUCCGCCUGCAGCACGCCACCUUCCCACACCGAACAGCACCAACUGCAACCAAAAAUGUUCAACUCCUACUUCUCCCUGCCAAGAGCUUAUCAGCAUACUCUCUACACUCGCUUUGAGGAGGACUUAAACAAAGGGGAAGGAAAAAAGGACAGCAGUGGGCAUGAUGGCGCUGGAAGGGGAGGGGGAGUGGGAUACAGCAAGAGAAACAAAAUUGCAGCGGGCUCUGCAGGAGGCUGUCAACUCUCCAUGUCUUCCUCUUCCUUCUCCUCAAGCUCAGCCAGCAGCGAGAGCCUGGAAGACAAGUCCAUAUCGGCAGGGAGAGGGUUGAGUUUGGUAAGAACUGGAGCAGAGUACAAGUUUGUGGGAGCAUGCACAAAAGAUGGGCGCCAACAUCAAAAACGUGGGUUGAGCAGUAAGAGCCCAAAGCAACAAAGGAGGGGUCGUCCCCUCAGUGUGUCUUCAGACAUCACUAAAGCAAACACUCUGCCCAGGGUGAAGGAGAAUCUGCUGCCGUCAGUUUCUCAAAACGUCGGUGAGUAUGUCAGUAUUGUGUUCAAGGAUGACAAUAAGUACGGCGGAGGACGACGUUCGGGGUCUGAACGUGGGGAAGCUGUGAUCCACGGAACCCUCCGGCCUUCGAAUCAGCCACUUCUCUGCCACGAUAACCCCGCCAACCUUCCCCGCAGCUUCUCUGCUCCGUUGUCCUCCUCCGCCGAAUACAUCAGCAUGGACUUAGGGAAGUCCUCAACGCCCCUGACUCCUGUUAGAUCCACAUUCAGCACCCCACAGGGCCCACCAGCUGUUGCACCCAAGCCCCGGCACGAACACAGCACGUCCUCUCCUCUGGCAGCAGAGGGCAACGCCGGGUACAGAACAAAAGUAAAGAUGGCAGCAAUGCCAACAGACGCUUCUACUCCAUUUAUGGACAGCAAAGGUUCAGAUCCCAGCAUUUCAGCAAGACCUGCUGUCCACUCUGGUCAACCCUCGUCCAUAGAGCAGGACACGGGCUUGGGUUUCUCCCCAGUCAAGACCUUCCAGUCUCCUGAGCGGAGCGGCAGACCGGUCCGAGGUGACCCGCAGGGACGGCAGAGCCACCGCUCAGAGACUUUUAACUCGCCUCCCUCCCUAUCGCGCCAUCCACCCUCUUCUACCUCCACCUUCCCGGAGGGCAGCCAGGCUGUGAGCCAACGGCAUGGUUUGGAUUGCUCGCUGUGGGAGAACAGGCAGGCUAGUUUAUCUGCCACACCUCCGCCACAAGCCUCCACCUCAUCUGCUGAACAAGGCCUUAACUAUAUUGACCUUGACCUGGCCAUUAAGGAGAGCCCUCAAGCCGGAGCGGAGCAUGCCUCUGCCGCCUACAACAUUGGAGGAAGCACCAUGGGCAGCAGUGCUAGCUCCAGCCUCAACACUUAUGCCAGUAUUGAUUUCUAUAAAUCAGAAGAACUGAGAGCACACCAGAACAGUAGAAAGGAUGGUCAAGAUUGUUGAUCUCCAACACUCACUUAGUCUGUGAGGGGACGGUCGGCGGACUGAACUGUUGCCACAACAGAACUGAACACUGAAAACCCUGGAAAACUCAUCCCCAUCCCGUCGGCUGUUUUAUUUCAACCAAAUGUGUGCCAAACACACGCACACACACAUGCACACACACUCACAGGGUAAGGGAAACGUUUUGUUUUUGCCUUGUUUUGAACAAAAAUGACAUUUGAUCAUCACUUAACUUAAUAUACUGUAGAUAAAGGAUGACAAUUUGAUACGUGACUUCUCAGGUGGCCAUUACGGCAAUAAAAAUGUCCAUCUGUGCAUCUUAAUUUAAGACCAGAAUUUGUGACCAGUGCAUGAGCCGAUCUAUCGAACUCUUGUUAAUCAAUCUCAGCUGCGUGUUUAUUUAUUUAUUUAUUUAUUGGGUCCUAAACUGAAUCCUCAAGGUUUAUGCUUUUAUAUAUCAUCUUUUGUCCAUAUGUAAUAAGUUCAAUGAUCAUCAGGUGUCAUUUAGACUCAAAAUGGAAGGAAAUGCAGUUGGGCAGAGGUUUCAUACACUCAUACACACUGUCACUGUAAACAUAUUUGAUUUAUUAUACGCAGUUGCCCAAAAAAGCUUUUUUACUUCAUGACCACUUUUCUUGUGCUACUGUCAGACUUCAAAAUAUGCUUAAUUUCUGAGGUAUAAGUACAGUUUAUGGAAUUGGCAAUGAAAUUAUGGUAUACAAAUGAAAUUUAGAUAUGAUAUUUAUGUUUUCUGUCAGUUUUUCACACAAGAAGAAAAAGGUUGUGUGAAAACCCCCCACAUCUUAUGCAAUCUUUAUGAAAUCCACAAGAGUGUUAAAGUGCAUUAAAUAGGAUAUCAUAGGAUUAUAAUUUUCUUUUCACACUGCAGUCGACAUCACACUGUUCUACUCGAAGCUGAUCUUUAGGUUGUAGUUGAGGGAUGAGAACAAUGGCUUUCUUUUUAUCCUUUCAAAAUUUUCAUAAUGUAAUUCUGUGUUUUCCUGUACAGAAUUGAGUUUUAUCCCUAAAGCUUUAGAUGUGCAUGUUGACACAGCCACAGCUUUGAUUAUGCACAAACUAAACAUGUCCUGUCACGUCCUGUGGCUGAUUCUCAAAUGGUGCCAGUAGUCAAUGCAUCUCAGUGGUAUUUUAUGAAUAAUAAUUGGUGGAUUAAUUCUAACGGUAGUGUUCAAAGUUUGAAUGCAAAGUUAACUGAUCAUCUAACCGAUUUCAGUGGAUAUUCUGUCUUUUUGAAAAUAAUUUCUCCACCAUGUUACAUUAUGAAAUAAAACAAAAUGUAGUUAUUUUUAAACUUAAAUACAAGUGACCAUAUUUACAUGCAAACACUUCAAACAUUCAGUAACUGCAUUUAACAGAAACAACUCUAAGCAGAUGCAUAGAUAAACAACAAUGCAUUUAUUCAAUAAUCACAGUAUGCAACAUUGAAUAAAAAUGGCCAAAUUAACAUAAUAUUCUUCUGCUAUGCAUGUAAAGAGCUUAAUCAAAUUGGAUUAAAAAAUGCAGUAAGGACAAUAAUUAGAUUGUAUGUAUGUAAAUGUCCUCAUUGAGAUGUGCCGAGGACAGACAUCUGGACAUCAGGAUCUGAUAACAGACUUGUUAGCGAGGGAAGCUGAAUUAUACAGUUUUGAAAAGAAAACAUUUUUAAAUAGCUUAGGGACUGUAUGGAAAUUAUUUGGGUGGGGCGGGGGCUGAAUCUUAUUUUUAGUUUUAUGAAGAAGCAAAAUCCCACUCCCCACAUAUCUCAGAAUAAUGUAUGUGUUUUUGGCAAACAUAGCAAAACGGUUGAUCUUUUAGCCAUUCUUUAUUUUUGAGUAUUUUUUCAGAGCUGCUGCAGUGUUAUAUAUGGUAAUGAAAGCCUCUUUGUGAUGUUGUAUUUUUUUUAAAAUACAAUAAAUCUCAUGGGGGAAAAAAUUUAUCUGGGAUGAGAGAAAGUUAAAAGACGCUCCCCUACCCUCCCAAAAUAAAUAAAUAAAUAGAAACAUAGCCCUCCCCCUUCUAUGACCCUUCUACGGCUCUAAUAAUUUUCUUACGGUUCCUAAUGACAGCCCACAUAUGAAGUCGUACAUAUUUGUUAGCAAGAAUAUAGCAUACAAAUGAUAAACUAUAUUUUUUCUCUAUUUAAAUUUUAAAGCUUCACAUGAUUCUAUAAAUAACAGUAUAAAAUUGAGAUAUAAAGUUGAUUCGGAACUACUGUGUAGCACAAAAAAAGUAAUAAAAAAAAAAAGUCCAAGUGUAAAUACUUUUUUUGGCAACUGAGCUUUAUUAUAACUGUAUAUUAUACUAUAGUAUAUACUACAGUAUACAAGUAGAAUGACAGAAACUAUAGUACAUACUGUAGUCUGUUUCCUCAUUUGCAUAACACAAUUCUAAUAUAAAGUGACACAUUACAAUGGUAUAUAAAAUAUACAGUAUACAUAUGAUUAAUACUAUAUAGCCUAGAUAUCUAUAUACUCUUUUAUAAAGUGCCUCAUUUUUGAUUGUAGCUGUUUUUACACAGAUAAUCUUAAAAUGGGUUGUGAAAAGGGAUAAAAAAAAAAGUGUUGUUUCUCUCCUGAGUCUAAAUUGUGAAUACGUUGAACUUUACAGAAGACAGACCGGACACUUAAUAUCACUAUCAGUCAGCCAUAAUCAAAUUGCCUUACUGUGUUUAUCAGAAACAUGAAGAAAAAAAAAUCUUGUUUUAUUAUUUUUUUGCAGUGCCUAACACUUCAGCCACAAUGUAAGCACUCCCUUGCUCUUCUGUUUGGCAAAAAAAAAAAAGACUAUCUCUCUCUGUCUAUAGUUUCACACUUCAGGCCCACCUUCUUUUUUACUCCUGUCCACUACCAAACAGACACUUGUUCAGUGUGAUUAUUAGUGGACACUGUACAAUAUGUAACAAAUACACCUUGUACGUGAGGAUUCUACAUUGUAUAGAUUUUAAUGUCAAAUCAUAUUUUUAAUGACUUUCCCUGUUUUUACACUAAGAAGAAAUGAAUACAGUUGCCAUUGUCUUGUAUAUAAAAUAAGUUCUUAUUCAAUAUUAGACAGAAAAUGAAAUGCUCUAAUUUACUUGCAGUAUAUUUUGAAGCCCAAAACAAUCAUGAAAAAAGGUGAUUCUCUCCACUACUAGUGGCUAAAAUAGUAUUAACACGCUUGUGUAUUGCUCUUAUUAUCUUGACGUGGAUUCAGUAACCUGAUUCGACUGUUAUCAGGCCAUUAAAUAGGCGUUAUGAGUCGCAAUAAGCACCAUAGAAGUGGGUCAUUAGGGGCCUAGGCCUCAAAUGAAAUCUCGCACUCGGGUGAGAGAUUUCAAAGAACUGGUGGUUAGACGCUGUUUCGCAAGACGGUCUUCACUAGAUAUAACUUUGCAGUUUUGUUGCUUCCGUAUAGUUUGUGUUGGAGUCUUGUCUGAACAGCGUAGCCACACGUGAGCGCGCAUAUGCGAUAUGCCAGGACGCAUAAGUGAGCGCGCGCAUGGGACACCGACCCGGGUGAUUUAUACGUGUAAGAAGUUACAAACGGUACCUUUAAGUUUAGUGAAAAACACAGUGUUUUGUGUUAAAAUAAUUAUGAACACAAAGACAACAGGUUUCACAUGGGAUACGAACGCCGGUUCUGCUCCGGGCAUAAUUACUACGGUCACUAGAGGUUGCUGUCGUUCUUUUAUACCUUUUUUUGGUGAUCUACCAUGUGAAUAGAUGAUAAAACCUACUAGUGGUUGUAGUAGGCCCCUACUGACCCACAUCUAUGUGGCUUAUGGCGACUGAUAACCCCUAUUUAAUAGCCUGACAACAGUCUAAUUCAGUUCCCAGAAGGUGUGAAUAGUGCUACUUUACUCUCUUUUUCUCUUUACACUCAAACACAGGACUCGGUUGAAACUACGAGACAGUGCCAUUCCUGCUCAUUACUUUCUCAUUUAUUCCAUUGAUAACAUGCUGCUGCUUUCGAACCAAUUGCCAAAAAAAGUCUGACAAUUCAAAAGUCUAAUAUAAAGAUCAUUUUCAAAGAGUAAACACACAAAAUCAGUCAUCGAGCUGAUUUAAAAAGAAAAAAAAACACUUUUUCUCUUGGGCAGCCACUGGGCCAAAAAAUAAGUUAAGUGUUUUUCUUAAGGUAGUGUGAAUUCUAGUUUAUGACUGGUUGCGUACUGGAUCCAGAGCAUUUGGUCAUGCGUUUGGUGGAGAGUUUGGCCAUGUUGUGACAUUAUUAGUGAUACUGUACAUUGAAUCAGGAUGUGUUGGUAUACCAACAAAAAAAUGGAUAUGGUGCUGCAGGGACCAAACUCUUUGAAUCCAGGGCUCUGGCUGUGUGUAUACAGGGUACAAACGAAGAAGGCUUUCUUGAUGUAUUUUUGAUACUGGUAGCUUUUCCCACAUUUAGAUUGAGUUUUUAUUUCACUAACCAAAUAAUUUUGACCCUUUGGCAGAUAUUAAAUGCUUAACUGCACUUGCACGCUGAUACACAUAAAAACUAAUUUGAGUGUUUAAAUCCUGUAGGUGAUAGAUACUUACUCUGACCCAGCAGCUCUCUGCUCACAUCUGAGAGGACACUCAAGUGCCUGGCUUUGAUUACUGGUGUCUGCUCAUUAUUCAGUUAUGUUUGGAUUGAUAGAAAUUCAAACCAGCUCCUGGAAAGUCUUCCAUACAUUUCUUUAGUAUUUAAUUUGAGAUGUUCGCAAAGGACGCGUUUCUGGUGCCAAAGUAUUAUGUGUAUGGUGAUCUCUGAGCUUCACACUUGAGACCUGUGACAACAAAAUAAUACAAAGUUUAAUUUUUUACAAAUUCGUCCGGCACCUAUCAGUCACUGUUUUUAAUCCUAUGACAUUAAAACAAAUGUACAUUGAUUGAGCACAGCCCACUACUGCCAACAGUUUGUGCUCAGUACUGAGAACUUUAUUGCCAAACUCAUGUAUAACAAGUCCAUACAACCACACGGACUAGUUCCACUUUAUAACUUGUGUUACUCUUUUUGUUUAAGUGAUCUUUUCUAAUCUCUUUGUUAUUCCUCUUCUAAUUGGGGAUUACUGAGAUUCUCUGACUGUACCUCAUAAUCUCAGUUCUGGGCAGACGUAACAGUUGGUAGUAAAGCCCCUUGGAGAGUCUGAGAAGGGUUCAGGAUAUUACUGACGUCAAAUAGGAGGAACGCGUGGAUUCGGGUAAAUAUCAUUUAAUGUAUCGUGUAACAGCCUGAGGCUCUCUGCAGUGUUUCCGUUCUCAUGACAUGCGGCGGUCAUAUGGAAAUGCUUCUCACCUAUAAUUCAUCAGAAUUCUGCCAAGUGUUUUGGUUUAAUGAAACGCAGAGACUUGUGUUGUCUCUUAAGAAUAUUUUGUGACAAUGAGGCACAUAAAUUGCUCACCAGACUCUAACUGUGGGAAAUGAUACUGUACGUACAAUCAGGAGAGCGACUAUAAUUACAAUGGAAAGGGCAUUGUAUGUAUUUUAAAGCUAUUGAUACUACUUUGAUAAUAAUGUAAAAUGCAAAAAGACUGAACAGGAACUAUAGGUAUGUAAAGUAUACUGUGUAUAGAGGAGUUUGCUCCAGGGGAGGGGAUGGGCAUGGGGUUCAUUCUGUUCAUGGCAAAAUUGUUUAAAACAGAAUAUUGAUGAUUCUUGUCUGUGAUGUAGACAGCGUCAAUGUUUGUUUUUUUUUGAUAAAAGGCAAAGUGAUAUGAAAAUGGAAAA